GCUCCGCCUACUUGGAUUAAAAGCCGCAUCACGACUUCGGUCGGUCUUCUUCCGCGUCUAGUUUUCUGUCUGUGGUCCUACCGAGUCGUCUUUGUUCAGAACCAUGGCUGAGCUGAAAGAGCGGACAUUCAUUGCCAUCAAGCCCGACGGCGUGCAGCGAGGCAUCAUCGGGGAGAUCAUCAAACGGUUCGAGACCAAGGGCUUCAAACUGGUGGGCAUGAAGAUGCUCCAAGCCUCUGAGAACCUCCUGAUGGACCACUACGCUGACCUGAAGGACAGACCCUUCUUCCCUACUCUCAUCAACUACAUGAGCUCUGGUCCAGUGGUUGCCAUGGUAUGGGAAGGUAAGGGGGCUGUGAAGACGGGCCGAGUGAUGCUGGGUGAGACCAAUCCUGCAGACUCCAAACCAGGAACCAUCAGAGGAGACUUCUGCAUCGAUGUGGGCAAGAACAUCGUCCACGGCAGCGACUCUGUGGAAAGUGCCAACAAAGAGAUUUCUCUGUGGUUCAAACCAGAUGAGCUGAUGACCUACACCAGCUGUGCCUUCAGCUGGCUCUACUGAGCUGCUCUGCAGACGUCCUCCCUCUACUGGAAAACACGACCCACGUUUCAUCUUCAUACUGUCCUGUGGUGGUCCACAUUCAUUCCUGUUCAAACGUGUGGUGGUCCACAUUCAUUCCUGUUCAAACGUGUGGUGGUCCACAUUCAUUCCUGUUCAAACGUGUGGUGGUCCACAUUCAUUCCUGUUCAAACAACAUUCAUUCCUGUCAAACAUUCCAUACUGUCCUGAAGUGUCCACAGCUGGUGACUAGACCUCGUUGUUUUUAUUAAAGAUGACCUGUUUUCCAAUAAACAGUCCACAGUA